UUUUUUUUUUUCUUUGCGGCAUUUCAUCAAACACUUUCAACUCAUAAUUCAUGUGAGCCAGUUACAUACAUAUAUAUACAUAUAUACAUACAUCAAAACAAAUCUAAUAAAAAGAUGAGUUUCAGGGAUGAAAGUAACAGUGAAGAUGGCAGAGGAGAUCUUAAGAAACCAUUCUUACAUACAGGAAGUUGGUAUAGAAUGGGGUCAAGGCAAUCAAGUAUGAUGACGUCAUCACAAAUGAUCAGAGAUCGCUCUGUUUCUGUUCUUGCUUGUGUUUUGAUUGUUGCCCUUGGUCCUAUCCAGUUUGGUUUCACUGGUGGUUAUUCUUCACCGACACAAGCAGCUAUUAUGAGAGAUCUUAAACUUACCGUGUCUGAGUUCUCUUUGUUUGGUUCUCUGUCAAAUGUGGGUGCCAUGGUUGGUGCAAUAGCUAGUGGUCAAAUUGCAGAGUAUAUUGGCCGAAAAGGGUCUUUGAUGAUUGCGGCUAUCCCUAACAUCAUCGGCUGGCUUUGUAUAUCAUUUGCCCAAGAUACAUCAUUUCUUUACAUGGGAAGGUUGUUGGAAGGAUUCGGUGUUGGAAUUAUAUCAUAUACGGUUCCUGUCUAUAUAGCCGAGAUAGCAUCUCAAGACAUGAGAGGGGGGUUAGGUUCCGUCAAUCAGCUUUCUGUCACAAUUGGGAUAAUGCUUGCUUAUUUGCUGGGACUUUUUGUUAAUUGGAGAAUGCUUGCAAUUUUAGGAACUUUACCCUGCUUAAUUUUGAUACCUGGUCUCUUUUUUAUCCCUGAAUCUCCUAGGUGGCUGGCUAAGAUGGGCAUGACCGAUGAUUUUGAAUCUUCUUUGCAAGUUCUUCGUGGGUUUGAUACUGAUAUCACCGUUGAAGUAAAUGAAAUUAAGAGGUCUGUUGCAUCUUCGAACAGGAGAAGCGCUACGAUUCGGUUUACAGAUCUUAAACACAGAAGAUAUUGGUUCCCUUUGAUGAUAGGAAUUGGAUUACUUGUCCUUCAACAGCUAAGUGGAAUCAAUGGUGUCCUCUUCUAUGCCAGUAACAUCUUUCAAACUGCAGGAAUUUCUAACAGUGAUGCUGCUACAUUAGGACUGGGUGCUAUCCAAGUUAUUGCAACUGGAGUUUCCACAUGGUUGGUUGACAAAACAGGCCGUAGGAUUCUGCUAACUGUUUCUUCUGCUGGAAUGACUCUCAGUCUCAUAGUUGUUGCAGCUUCCUUCUUUGUUAAGGGUUUUGUAGAAGACAGCUCUCCCUUGUAUGCUGCAAUGGGUAUCUUAUCAGUGGUCGGGGUUGUGGGUAUGGUAAUUGGAUUUUCUCUUGGAAUGGGGCCGAUCCCAUGGAUUAUAAUGUCCGAGAUCCUUCCCGUCAAUAUAAAAGGACUUGCUGGAAGUACAGCAACAUUGGCUAAUUGGUUCAUUUCCUGGUUGAUUACAAUGACAGCUCCUUUGCUUUUAGAAUGGAGUGGCGGAGGCACCUUUACUAUAUACAUGCUUAUGUGUGCCACGACUGUUGUAUUUGCGACCAUUUUGGUACCUGAAACGAAGGGCAAGACUUUGGAGGAGAUCCAGUUUUCACUGAGAUAACAUGCUGCUGCUGCUGCUUCAUAUUUUGGUGUUUAAUAUUCUAUUUGUUUUUGGCGCCUUGUUCUAAUCUAUUUGGAAGCUGUGAUUCUUUCUUUUAUGCAAUUGCAUUACGUGUGCCAAUUUGUUGCAAUAAAGUUUUAAGAAGAGGUAGAAAUAGCAAUUGAAGUUGUUUUCGAAAAA